GGGCUGCAGCACCCUAGGGAGUUGCAGGGAUAGAACCCCGAAAAAUGGGAAGGGGGAGCUCCAGCUGCCCCACGUGUGGGAUUUUAUGGCCUUCGUUGUCUUUCUGACAUGGUGAGGAGAGGAAAGUGAACAGAGUGAACAGAGCUCGGGGCAGGUCAGUGCGCCCUGAAUCCAGGAUUGGCUGGGGAAGGGUGGUGGGCAGCCAGCUGAGAGUCAGAGCUUAGCAAGACAGGCUAGCCAGGAGGAGGGCAGAACCAGAUUCUGCUCAGAGAUGGGGAGGCAGCGAGAGCAACACAUGCAAAGGCCCUGGGGCAGGAGUGCAUGUGGGAUUGUAUGGUCAGGGAGCAUCAGGCUGGCCAGGGUGCUCAGGACAGUGUGGGACUGAGGUCAGCAAGGUUGGCAGAGCUGGACUGGGGUUAGGGACGCACAGGGGCUGGAGGGAAUUUGGAUUCCAUUCCAAGAGUGAUGAGAGAUGGUGGGGAACUCGAAGCAGGAGAUUGACAAGACCUGACUGGAGUUGAGAUCAUCUGGCAGGCUGCUAAAUGGAGGAGGAACUAGAAGGCGGCAGGAGGCCAAUGAGGAAGUUGCUGCAAGCUCCCACAGGGCAAAUGGAGGGCCUGACUGGAGCAGGAGCCGUGGGGUUGAAGAAAGUGGAGAACCAGACCCAGGAGGCCCUGGGUGGGCCCAAGAGAGCUGUGGUUCCCCAGGCGGUGCCAUGUGCAGCUAGCUCAGGAGCCACAAGUGCUGGACACUGGGGAAUGGGCUGAUCUGGGCGAUGAGAACACAGGGGCAGGAGAAUGUGUGUCCCCCUGGGGAGCCUGAGUCCAGGCUGAGGAGUAGGUGCUCGUCCCAGAGCAGUGGGUCAUUUCCUCUGGUGCAGGAAUGACUUCUGAGUAGAGAGAGGCCCAGCGGCUGGUCCCACGAUGCAGAGGGACAUCAGCGGACCAGAGAAGGGGGAGGGAGGGAGUUUCUUCUCCCUGCAGCGUUUGGCAUUUCCUUUUUGCCUUGGUGACUUUCCUUUAGGGUUAGGGCUAAUGAAACUUUUCUCCCUUCCCUUCUUUGAUUCUCUUAAUUUCCUGUUGAACUGGGGGAGAUGUGUCACAGCUCAGGGGAGUUGGAAGAGUCCAGAAGAACUCCUUGUUCUGUCCCCAGUGGCUCUUGCCCCUCACCUGAAUCACUUGUGACAUGCUCAGGGUGAUAGUUAACAGUGGGGAUUAAAGAGAAGCUCUAAUGGGACCCUAGACCCAGUGGGGACCGUUGGGAUGGAGAGGAGAGAGGACCCACAGGAAUGGAGAUGCAGAGCUCUGCCAGCCCCCGAGGAUGCCUGCCCUGCCCACAGCCUGCUUCCUGCCUCUCCGCAGCCAGUGCUAUCCUCCUGCCCAGUCGCCGAGCCUGAGGCCUCAUCAAUGGUGUUCUCUGAGUACUUCAAGGAGCUGGAGGAGGAGAGCAUCCGUGACAACUUUGUCAUCAUCUACGAGCUGCUGGAUGAGCUCAUGGACUUCGGCUACCCCCAGACCACCGACAGCAAGAUCCUGCAGGAAUACAUCACUCAGGAAGGCCACAAGCUGGAAACGGGGGCCCCGAGGCCCCCAGCCACCGUCACCAACGCAGUGUCCUGGCGGUCCGAGGGCAUCAAGUACCGGAAGAACGAGGUGUUCUUGGACGUCAUCGAAUCUGUCAACCUCUUGGUCAGUGCCAACGGCAACGUGCUGCGCAGCGAGAUCGUUGGCUCCAUCAAGAUGCGGGUCUUCCUGUCCGGCAUGCCCGAGCUGCGCCUGGGCCUCAACGACAAGGUCCUCUUUGACAACACGGGCCGUGGCAAAAGCAAGUCCGUGGAGCUGGAGGACGUGAAAUUCCACCAGUGUGUGCGGCUCUCCCGCUUCGAGAACGACCGCACCAUCUCCUUCAUCCCUCCAGAUGGCGAGUUUGAGCUCAUGUCGUACCGCCUCAACACGCACGUCAAGCCCUUGAUAUGGAUCGAGUCCGUGAUUGAGAAGCAUUCCCACAGCCGCAUCGAGUACAUGAUCAAGGCCAAGAGCCAGUUUAAGCGGCGAUCGACAGCCAACAACGUGGAGAUCCACAUCCCCGUGCCCAAUGAUGCCGACUCCCCCAAGUUCAAGACGACAGUGGGGAGUGUCAAGUGGGUCCCCGAGAACAGCGAGAUCGUGUGGUCCAUCAAGUCCUUCCCGGGAGGCAAGGAGUACCUGAUGCGGGCCCACUUCGGCCUGCCCAGCGUGGAGGCGGAGGACAAGGAGGGCAAGCCCCCGAUCAGCGUCAAGUUUGAGAUCCCCUACUUCACUACCUCUGGCAUCCAGGUGCGCUACCUGAAGAUCAUCGAGAAGAGCGGCUACCAGGCCCUGCCGUGGGUUCGCUACAUCACUCAGAACGGAGAUUACCAGCUUCGGACCCAGUGAGGGGCCCUACAGCCAGCGCCCCCCGGCCCCGGCGCUGGGGCUCCUGGCGGAAGCACCAGGAGGAAGCACCUGCCAAGCCUGCUGGAUGGAGGGGGGGCACCCCUGGCCACCGGCCACCCUUCCGGCUCCUCCCGGGGACCCCUCCUCUUCCAGGCACACCUGCUCUGCCGUUGCCACUCUCGUCUCUGGGUCCCUCCUCCCAGACGAGGCUCAUCUUCGAGAAGUCUUGUCUCUCUGCCCCCUGAGUCAGUUUGAGGGGAAGGAAAUGAAAUCUUUCCCUCUAGAGAUCAAAUACAGCCUUCUGUGCUGUUGAGCCCCCAGGCACCAAAAAGAUGGGGAGACGCUCACCCAGCCACUGGCUGCACGCGGCCUCUGGCCAGGCCGACUAGGCCACUGUUCGGUUGCUGUUCUGUUGAAUGUUCUAGGUUCAUGAGUGUUCCUAGUUUCUGUCCCAUCUGUUCGUUGUUGUUUACGUGCACCCCACUGUCCGUGCCUCCCGCCCUUUGUCCUAAAGCUCUUGGGCAGCACUUAGUGAGGGCACAGUGCCCUCCUCCGCAGCGAGGCCCACGCGACACUGGGUUCCCUCCCAUUGCCUGGCCUGACCCCGGCCCGCGCCUCUGCGGCAGAGGCUCCUCCUCGGGGGCUCCCGGCCUCGCGGAGAUGCUCUCCCAGAGUCCGCCACACCGUGCGAUGCUGUCACUCAGCCACAUCAGUGUUUGUCCCACCAAGGAGGUGGUGGCCUCAGAGGGCUGGGGGCACAGGUCACCCCCAUCUGUGCUGGUUCACCCCACCACCACCCUGUCUAUGUUAAUGUCAUGAUUACAUUAAAUUCCAUUACUUAAA